AACCCGAUACCUGCGGUUCGAAACGCUUCUGCGCUUCACCGAAACAAACAGCCCACAAUCAUCAUAAAUCAACAUAUGCGAGAAGGAUUGUCCCCGGUGGGAACGGCUAACGGCUUGGAAGAUCUUACGCAUUACUAACGCUUCACUAGAGCAGCCACCAUAGCAGGAGCUCAGUCACGAGGAUGUCCACACUUUCCCUACGGAUCAGCCUCGAGGGAGGCCGGGUGACAAAGACGAUCCAGUUCGAUCCGAGCACGACCGUGUUCGAUGCGUGUCGCAUCAUCAAGGACAAGUUCGCGGAAGCGGUGCAGGGACAGGCGCAGGAGUUCGGUCUCUUCCUAGCGGACGAUGACACCCGGCAAGGGGUGUGGCUGGAACCGGCCCGCAACCUGGGCUACUACAUGCUGCACAACCAUGAUGUGCUCGAGUACCGACAGAAGCACCGGACGCUGCGCGUUCGCAUGCUGGACGGUGCCGUCAAGACGAUCCUGGUCGACGAUUCGCAGCCUGUGUCCCAGCUGAUGGUGGUUAUUUGUACAAAAAUUGGCAUUACCAACCACGAGGAGUAUGGGCUGGUGCGCGAAGAUCCGGAAGCACAAAACGAAAACCAGCCCGACAAUCGCUCCAACACUGGCACGCUCACGCUGCGUCGAAAGGCGCAGGAAAAGGAGCGGGACGCGAAGAUGGAAAGCUUGCGGAAGAAGCUACGCACGGAUGACGAAAUAAAUUGGGUUGAUGUGGGGAAAACGUUGCGCGAGCAGGGUAUCGACGAACAGGAAACGGUACUGCUGCGGCGCAAGUUCUUCUACUCCGAUCAGAAUAUUGACUCGCGUGAUCCGGUACAGCUGAAUCUGUUGUACGUGCAGGCACGUGACGCCAUCCUUGAUGGUACGCAUCCCGUCACGCAGGACAAGGCGUGCGAAUUCGCCGGUAUUCAGGUGCAGAUCCAGUUCGGUGAUCACAACGAGGCAAAGCACAAAACUGGAUUCUUGGAUUUGCGUGAAUUUCUUCCCGCUUCGUACGUGCGCACAAAGAACAUCGAGCGAAAGAUAUUUGCCGAACAUCGGAAGCUCAUCGGUCUGUCCGAGCUGGACGCGAAGUAUGUGUACACGAAAACUGCCCGCGAACUUCCGACCUACGGUGUAACGUUCUUCUUGGUGAAGGAGAAAAUGACUGGCAAGAAUAAGCUUGUGCCGCGCUUGCUAGGUGUAACGAAGGAUUCCGUUCUUCGGCUUGAUGAAACGACGAAAGAAAUUAUGAAAUCGUGGCCCCUCACGACCGUACGUCGUUGGGGUGCAUCGCCGAACACGUUUACACUGGACUUUGGUGACUAUGCCGAUUCGUACUACUCGGUACAGACGACGGAAGCAGAACAGAUUGUGCAGCUGAUUGCUGGCUACAUUGACAUCAUUCUGAAGAAGAAACAGGCGAAAGAUCACUUCGGUAUCGAGGGUGAUGAAGGGUCUACCAUGGUGGAGGAAAGUGUCGCACCGUCCAAGGCCACCUUCCUGCAACACGAAGAGACGAAUAAGUCCGGCAAGGUGGAAACUCACUCCAUUGCAAAGCCGGCCAUUAUGCGUGGAACAGACGGUGAACGGCCGUACGGCACUGGCGAGAUGCAAUCGAUACAAUACGGUGCCAUCGUCGGUCAGGUCAACCUGGCACACCAGCCACCGAUGUUACAACAAACGCGCAUCAGUUCGGUACUUUCGGAGCCACAGCGUGCACUAUUAGGAUACAUUUCCGCCGGUCAGGAAGCACUGAACCGGGCAGAGAAGGAUCUAGAAACGAAGGUACAGUUGCCACCACUCGGAACCGAUCCAGGAUCGUUGCAAUGGCGCGAAGAAACGCUCGACACUUCGAAGCAAACCGUCACGACGCAUCUGGCCACGAUGAAUGCGGCCACGGCACAGGUUGUUACCGCUUCCCAGCCGGAUGAGAUCGAUCACGAAGCGGUCGGUGCCGCCGUAUCGCAAAUCACCCAAAGCAUACCGGAGGUGACGAAAGAGGUGCGACUGAUUGCGGCCCUAAUGGAUGACGAUUGCACGGGCGAUAAGUUGCUGGAAGCGACACGUAAGCUCUGCAACGCAUUUAGCGAUCUGUUGCGAUCGGCCGAACCGGAAAGCAAGGAACCGCGUCAAAAUCUGCUAAAUGCGGCAACGCGCGUUGGUGAAGCCAGCGGUCAGGUGCUGAGCACGAUCGGUGAGGAAAGCGUCGAAAGCCGUGAACUGCACGACAUGCUGCUCGGAUUGGCAAAGGCGGUCGCUAACACGACGGCUGCAUUGGUGUUGAAGGCAAAAUCGAUUGCGGCCGUCACAGAAGAUGAGGCAACGCGCAAUAAAGUUAUUGGAGCAGCAAGUCAGUGUGCUCUCGCAACCAGUCAGCUCGUAGCAUGUGCACGUGUCGUUGGACCAACCAUUCAAAGUCCGGCAUGUCGGGAACAGCUAGAAGCGGCUGCCCGUGAAGUUGCCAAAGCCGUGGCUCACCUGGCCGAAGUGUGCAAUGAAGCGACCGACAAUCAACAGCUCCGAGGUGAUCUAACGGCUGCAGCGAAGGAUGUCUCCAAAUCGCUCACCGAUCUGCUCGAACACAUCAAGCUGAGUGCCCGCGAGAAGGCACGUCGUGUCGAGAACGAGAACCCUGUCGAUAAUGUGCUUGUCGCUACAGACAUUCUCGUUUCCUCAUCCGAUCCACAAGAGAUGAUCCGACAGGCUCAGCAGCUCGGCAAAGCAACGGCCCAGCUGAUCGAAAGCAUCAAGGGCGAGGCGGAGAGCCAACACGAUUCGAACAUGCAGCGCAAACUGUUAGAAGCGGCCAAGCAGCUUGCAGACGCUACCGCCCGAAUGGUAGAAGCGGCCCGACUCUGCGCUGGCAAUCCACACGAUUCUGCCCACCAGGAAACGUUGCGUGCAGCUGCCGAGGAACUGCGUGUUAUCACGACAACGACGGCAAAUACACCCGCUAUUAAGCGGCAACUGAUUAGUCGUUUGGAGCAGUGCGCUAAGCAGGCGGCUUCUUCUGCUACACAGUGUAUAACAGCGGCUCAGAACUCGCUCAUCCACAGCAACGAUGUGCAGACGAAGGAGAUCUUGUUGCAGGAUUGUCAAGCAGUAGCGGAUCAAAUACCACGACUAGUGGCAGGUGUAAAGAACACAUUGUCUCGGCCCGACGAUCCCAACGCACAGCUGGGAUUGAUCGAUGCGGCUGAGAUGUUCCUUGAGCCGGGUGCGCAGAUGGCUGGUUCUGCUCGCGAACUUCAACCAACGGUGUUGGAUCAGGCAGCGUCACAGCAAUUGGGUCGUUGCGCGGUGAAUUUGACACACGCGAUCCACGACCUUCGUCAGGCGGCUCAUCGUGCUCGGGAAGCUUGUGGCGGUAAUGAGCUGGAUGCGGCAUUGGAGGCGGUACGCAAUCUUCGCAACGUGCUUAGUGAUACGCGCCGUGCAGCGCAGGAAGGCAGUCUACGUCCGCUGCCAGGUGAAACGGCUGACAGUUGCUUCAAGCAGCUAGCGGCCGCCAGUAAUUCUGUUGACGUUUCGAUGCAUCAGUUGAUGAGCGCUGCCCAGCAGGGUAAUCGUACGUACGCGGGAGUGGCAGGUCGCGAUACAGCUCUCGCCCUGGGCGAUUACACCAAGAGCGUCCGUGGAGUGUUGGUAACGACGAAGAAUCCUGCUGUCGUGGACUGUGCGGAUGAAGUGAUCGUAGAUUCGCUCCGUGUUAUUGAGGAAGCCCAACGUACGUUGCAAAACUUGGACAACCAGGAAGCGCUGCUGAUUGCGAUCAAGCGCACGAAACAUUCGCUCGGUCGUACGAUCGACUGUUUGCCGGGUGUGAAGGAUAUUAAUGAGGCGUUCGAGACGGUUACCGACCUGCGUAGCAUUCUCGAUACCGGCGAGUAUCCACCGUCCGAUCGUCCGUAUGGACAGUUGCAGAAUGAGCUAAAAUCAGCCGCGGAUCAGUUGAACGUAGCCGGUGGACAAGUUGCACAAUCGUAUGAUAGCUCCAUCAAGCUGGCCGGUUCAAGCCAAGAGUUCUGUCAUGCAUACAAAGAAUUGCUCACGGUAACGCUUGAGAUGGCCGGCCAGACGGCAGAGGAUCGGGCACGAGAAGAGAUCGUUAAUUCGCUGCGGGGUGUAUCCAACCAGUCGAUCAGUCUGCUCGGAACCGCACGCUAUGUGGCCGGUGAUCCAGAUCGUCCAAAUGCAAAGAACGAACUAUCAUCCGCAGCACGUCUAGUGACGGAAAGCAUCAACCGGCUUGUGGACGUGUGUACUCAGGCCGCUCCGGGUCAGAAGGAGUGCGACGGUGCGAUUCGUAGUAUCGAAUCAUUGCGCCCGUUGCUGGAGUCACCUCAGGAAUCGUUGACCGAUCAGGGAUACUUCGAUUGUCUUGACACUGUGCUGGAAAAGUCACGUACACUCGGCGAAGGCAUGACGGGAAUAGCGAACAAUGCGAAGAACUCGAAGCACGUUGAGUUUGGACAUUCUGUCAACUCUGUUUCGGAUUCUAUUCGUGGAUUGAUUGAGUCUGCUGCCCAGGCGGCUUAUCUUGUCGGUGUUUCCAAUCCGACCAGCGUCGGAGGACGGCCAGGAAUUGUCGAUCAGGCGCAGUACGCUCGGGCCGCACAAGCGAUCCGUCAGAGCUGUGACAUCCUACGGGGACAGACAUCUUCCCAGUCGCAGGUUCUGUCAGCUGCAACUGUGAUUGCCAAGCACACGUCUGUCCUUUGCAAUUCAUGUCGUAACGCGAGCUCCACCACCACGAACCCUGUAGCCAAGCGUCACUUUGUCCAGGCCGCUAAGGAAGUAGCCAACUCAACUGCUACUCUCGUACGCGAAAUUAAGGCUCUCGAUCAGGAUUAUAGUCCAACGUCGCGACAACGCUGUGCGGCCGCGACAGAACCACUGCUGGAGACAGUUUCAUCGCUCUGUCACUUUGCGUCGUCGCCUGAAUUCAUCUCGAUUCCAGCUCGUAUCUCAACCGAAGGUCGUAAGGCGCAAGAACCGAUCCUAACAGCUGGUCGAGGCAUUCUCGAUGGAGCCGUUGAUAUGGUGCGCACAGCGAAGGUACUCGCACUGACACCGACGGAUCCACCCGUGUGGCAGCAGUUGGCUAUCCACAGCCGUAACGUGUCGGACAGCAUCAAACAGCUGGCGUCCAGCAUUCGUGAGAAGGCUCCCGGACAGAUGCAGUGCGAUCAGGUGCUAGAGGUGUUGAAGGAUUGCUCGCGUGAGCUUAACUCGGCUGCUUUAGCGGUCGGCGUUGAUGGGUUACCACAGCGCAAGGACAGCAAUCUGCAGGGAUUCACCAAUCAAUCUCUAAACGCAGCUUCCGAGCUGAUCGAUCGUCUCGAGCCGGUAAAAUCAUCCGCUAAGAAGAACGCCGAAAGUCUCGGCCAUGCAGUCAAUCAGAUUGCAAAGCACAUUGUGCCGCUUACGAAUGGUGUGAUUGGAGCGUGCUCACAGCUAGUCCACUCGGGCCAGCAAACGGUGCUGAUCAAUCAGGUCAAAUCGGUGGUGGAAUGUUGCGCUCAGCUCGUACAAACGGCAAAGCAAGCCGGUGGAAAUCCACGUGCAGCACAUUUCCAUCCCGAGUUGGACGAAGCGGUCGAGUCAACGCGCGAAGCAAUCCAAGAGCUGAACGCUACCGUUGAGCGUCUUUCCACCGAGAACGGUGUCGUGACUGGUCUGAUGGAACAAAUUUCCCGCUCGAUGUCUCGCAUCUCGGACAAGCGCCAAUCGUUCUUGGGUGCCUCCCUGAACGACACGUACGUGGACUACCAGACGCGCAUGGUGCAGAGCGCGAAAGAGAUUGCCCGUUAUGCGAACGAGAUCAACGCGAAGGCGGCUAUCGAUCCGUCCAAGUUGGCCCAACUGUGCGUGGAAAUGACGCACCACUACACGCAGCUGGCACAGGACGCGAUCGGUGCGUCUGCUCUUACUACCUCGCCGGAUGUUGCGAUUCGCAUUCGUAACACGGUGCAGGAUCUUGGACGAUCGGUGAACGUACUAAUCCAAUCGACGACCGGCAUUCGGAAGGAUGAUAGCAGCGGACUGGUAGAGAUUUCUCGUGGUGCUCGCGAUGUGUCGGAAAAGGUUGCACAGGUGCUGGCAGCGCUUCAGGCCGGUUCGCGUGGUACGCAGGCAUGUAUCAACGCUUCCAGUACGGUUUCGGCUAUUAUCAGCGAUCUCGAUACGACGAUCAUGUUCGCUACGGCCGGUACUCUGCAGUCAAGCGAUGAGGAUGGCAAAUUCUCCGACCAUCGUGAACACAUCCUUAAAACGGCUAAAGCAUUGGUGGAGGAUACGAAGAUACUGGUCGCCGGAGCAGCCGGAACGCAGGAUCAGCUUGCAGCUGCAGCACAGAAUGCUGUCACAACUAUUUUACAAUUGGCCGAUGCAGUCAAACAUGGCGCCGCAUCACUCGGUUCCGGUCAGCCCGAUUCGCAAGUGAUGGUCAUUAACGCGGUCAAAGACGUAGCCGCAGCACUCGGUGAGCUUAUAAACGCUACUAAACUCGCCUCCGGCAAGCCCAUUAACGAUCCAGCUAUGAAUGAUUUGAAAGAUAGCGCUAAGGUUAUGGUGAUGAAUGUCACCUCGCUGCUUAAGACGGUAAAAGCCGUCGAGGACGAACACACGCGCGGGACUCGCGCCAUGGAAGCAACGGUCGAUGCCAUCUCCCAGGAGCUUCGCUCGAUGCAGUUCGCACCGGAAAUGAUGCGCUCGAGCAUGCAGCAACUGUCCCGACCGGAGGAUCUCAUCAGCGUCACCAAGCACGUAACGGCAGCGACUGCAAAAGCGGUUGCUGCCGGCGCUUCCAAUCUGCAGGCGGACAUUGCAGCUGCUGCCAACCUGGGCCGAAAGACCAUAUCCGAUAUGCUGAGCGUUUGCAAAUCUGUUGCAUGGUCGUGUGCGGAAACGCCGGAACUGCGACAACGUACGCUCGAUGCUGGUUCGGCGGUGGCCAUCGCAUACCGGGAUUUGUUGGAAGGUAUAUUGAACCACUGCACGGCGGACGAAAGGAUGCAACUGUCGCGACGUGUGGCGAUGUGUGUGACUGAUUUGGUCGGAAUGGCGCAACUAUUGAAGGGAUCGGAUUGGGUCGAUCCGGAUGAUCCGACGGUAAUUGCGGAGAAUGAGCUAUUGGGUGCGGCUGCAUCGAUCGAAGCCGCCGCUAAGAAGCUGGCCAAUUUGCGCCCCCGUCGACAGGAAGUGAAGGAAGCGGACGAGAAUCUGAACUUUGAUGAAAUGAUCCUGGAAGCAGCAAGGUCUAUCAUGGCGGCAUCUUCCUCACUGGUUCGUGCUGCUAACGCUGCCCAGCGCGAGCUUAUCGACCAGGGUAAGGUGGCGAAACGUCCGCUCACCUCCUCGGAUGAUGGCCAAUGGUCAGAGGGAUUGAUUUCGGCCGCACGACUCGUAGCCGCCGCCACGCAUAGCCUCGUCGAAGCGGCCCAAAACCUCGUACAAGGAGUCGGCACUGAGGAGAUGCUCAUAUCGUCCGCCAAACAGGUGGCCAGCUCGACAGCACAACUACUGAUUGCCUGCAAGGUUAAGUCAGACCCGAACUCCGAAACGGGACGACGUUUGCAAGCGGCUGGUAACGCAGUCAUCAAGUCCACCGACAAGCUGGUACAGGCGGCUCAGCAAGCAAUCGAGGGCGAAGAAGAGCACACGCUACGUCUGAAUCGCAACAUGGUGGACGGUAUGGCACAGGAAAUCAAUGCACGCUCGGAGAUUCUGAUGCGCGAACGACAACUUGAGGAAGCGAAGAACAAGCUGAUUGCUAUCCGGCACGCAAAGUAUCGGCAAAAGUUGGGCGGUGGCUUUACGACGGACGAGAGCGAUGAAGGUGGUGUUGCGCCACCACCAUUUGCUGGCUAUGGACAGUCGACAUCACCGAAACCACCUCAAACCUUACCUAAACCGGGCACCUAUUCACCUUCCUCCUUCGGUGGUGUUUCGCCCGGCAACGGUGCUAGCACUAUGCCACGCUUAGGACAGCAGUCUGUAUCGCCUGCAAGUCCCAGCUUCCAGCGACCCGGAUCAGGCAAUCAGUUGCUCACUGCGAAUGCCGUCCCGAAGCCGUACCAGUCGGAUGCGCUGAAGUCCCCAUCAGCCUUGGUGUCACCGUCGAUGUUGAACCGAUCAUACGAUAUGACGCGUGUCGAGAAUUCGAACCUGAGCGCUUCCAAGUUCAACCGUACCCAGUUCGAUGCGGCUGUGCAAGACCUACAGAACAAGGUGCAACCGCUGAGCACGUUCCGAUCGUCGCCCACACAUUCGCACACGAAUGGAGGCGGUGUCGCCGGUAGCUCGCCAGCUCCACAAACGUACGAAGGAUUCACUACCAGAUACGAAACCCGUGUCUUUCAGAAUGCCAAUAACACUAAUCCACAAAGCCCAACCAAUCCGCUAACCACUGUGGAGCAGAAGUUUGCAAAACUUAACCUAGAAAAUCACGAUAUGCAGCAGCAGCAACAGCAACAGCAACAACGCUACCAACAGUCCCAGUCACCUAGCCAUGGUUUUUAUAACAAAUCCGCCACAAGCCCUCCGGCACAAUCCGGCACUAGCACUAGCAGCUUUACCGCAAGUCCCGUAGCAAAUGUCACUAACGCUAUGACUACUAGCUCCUCACCGCAACAGCAACAGUUCCGUCAACAGCAGCAGCUCCAGCAGCAGCAGCAGCAGCAACACUUCCUUCGCACCACCAGCACCACUACCACCUCCUCCUCUGCCACCAUCAACAACAACAACACCUCUGUGCCUUCCGUACCGACGAUUAAAAAUGGUAACGUUAGUCUCUUUGACAGUGGCGCAACCAUUGCGACCACCAAUGUGGGCGGCACUGUAAUAACGGAGGGACAUCGCGAGCACCACUACCAGCAGCAACAGCAACAGCAAGUCAUCCACACCAAAAAGCUCCACAUGACAACAUCCUCCAGCUCCACCUCGUCGACGACGAUGAAAUCAGGCAGUGCUGGCGGACCUGUCCCAGAAUGGAAGUAA